UGGAGGGUGUCGGGAUAAAUGUAAUGUCUGUCCCACUUGCAUUCCAGGCGCACCUGCAGAUUGGAUCAGGCUGAGGGCCCUGUGCCGGCCGUGGGCGAGCCCGGGAUGGAGAGCCACAGCUGAGGCUCUGGCGUCCUGGCCUCUGAAAACUCCAGAGAACCGUCCUGCGGGCUCCGGAACUCUCCGCCGCGCCACCGAGACUUUGCUUGAAUGUUUGUGGGUCACUCCAGGGCGUUCGCCAGCUGCUGAGAGGUGCGCGGGCAGGGCGGGCCGGCUCAGUGGCGGGCGGCAUGGCCAGGAUGCGACCUGCUCCGGCGGCGGCGUCCGGCCUGGCGCUGGGCUUGCUGCUGGCCUCCCUCGCCGGGUCCUCCCUGCAGAGUGGCGAGUGCCCGCAGCUGUGCGUGUGCGAGGUCCGGCCCUGGUUCACCCCACAGUCCACCUACCGUGAGGCCACCACCGUGGACUGCAACGACCUGCGCCUCACCCGCAUCCCCGGCAACCUGUCCAGCGACACGCAGGUGCUGCUGCUGCAGAGCAACAGCAUCGCGGCCACGGCCGACGAGCUGCAGCAGCUCUGCAACCUGACGGAGCUCGACGUCUCGCAGAACAACUUCAGCAGCAUCCGAGAGGUGGGGCUGGCCAACCUGAGCCGGCUCACCACGCUGCACCUGGAGGAGAACCAGAUCGCCGAGCUGCCCGACCGCUGCCUGCAGGACCUGGGCAGCCUGCAGGAGCUCUACAUCAACCACAACCAGAUCCGCGCCAUCUCGGCGCGCGCCUUCGCCGGCCUGCGCAACCUGCUGCGGCUGCACCUCAACUCCAACAGGCUCAGGGUGAUCGACAGCCGCUGGUUCGAGGCCACGCCCAACCUGGAGAUCCUCAUGAUCGGCGAGAACCCCGUGGUCGGCAUCCUGGACAUGAACUUCCGGCCCCUCGUGAACCUGCGGAGCUUGGUGCUGGCGGGCAUGUGCCUCACCGACGUGCCCGGGAACGCGCUGGUGGGCCUGGACAGCCUGGAGAGCCUGUCCUUUUACGACAACAGGCUGGUCAAGGUCCCCCAGCUGGCCCUGCAGAAAGUCCCCAAUUUGAAGUUCCUCGACCUCAAUAAGAACCCCAUCCACAAAAUCCAGGAGGGGGACUUCCGGAACAUGCUCCGGCUGAAGGAGCUGGGGCUCAACAACAUGGGGGAGCUGGUGUCCGUGGACCGCUACGCCCUCGACAACCUGCCCGAGCUCACCAAGCUGGAGGCCACCAACAACCCCAAGCUCUCCUACGUCCACCGCCGGGCCUUCCGCGGCGUGCCCGCGCUGGAGAGCCUCAUGCUGAACAACAACGCCCUCCACGCCGUGUACCGGGCCACCGUGGCGUCGCUCCCCAACCUGCGUGAGAUCGGCAUCCACAGCAACCCGCUGCGGUGCGACUGCGUCCUCCGCUGGGUGGCCGCCAACACGACCAGCAUCCGCUUCAUGGAGCCGCUGUCCAUGCUCUGCGCCGCGCCGCCCGAGCUGCGGGGGCAGCCGGUGAAGGACGCGCUGGCCCGGGACUCGGGCGAGCGCUGCCUCCCCAUGAUCGCCCACGACGCCUUCCCCGGCCACCUGAGCGUGGAGCUCGGCGCCACGGUGCUCCUGGACUGCCGGGCCCUGGCUGAGCCGGAGCCCGAGAUCUACUGGGUCACGCCCCUUGGGAGGAAGAUAACCGGGGACACGCUCUCCGACAGGUACACGCUGAGUAGUGAGGGCACCUUGGAGAUCCCCAACGUCCGCACGGAAGAUUCCGGGAGGUACACCUGCGUGGCCCAGAAUGUGGAAGGCGCCGACACGCGCGUGGUCACGGUGAAGGUCAACGGGACCCUCCUGGACGGGGCCCAGGUGCUGAAAAUGUAUGUGAAGCAGACGGAGUCCCACUCCAUCCUCGUGUCCUGGAAAGUGACCUCCAACGUCAUGACGUCGAACCUCAAGUGGUCCUCGGCCACCAUGAAGGUCGACAACCCGCACAUCACCUACACGGCCCGGGUGCCCGUGGACGUCCACGAGUACAACCUCACGCACCUGCAGCCGUCCACCGACUACGAGGUGUGCCUCACCGUGUCCAACGUCCACCAGCAGACGCAGCGGUCCUGUGUCAACGUCACCACCAAAACGGCCGCCUUCGCCCUGGACCUCUCCGACCAGGACGCCAGCACGGCCCUGGCCGCCGUCAUGGGCUCCAUGUUCGCCGUCGUCAGCCUCGCGUCCACGGCCGUGUACGUCGCCAAAAGGUUCAAGAGGAAAAACUACCACCACUCGUUGAAAAAGUACAUGCAGAAGACCUCGUCGAUCCCGCUCAACGAGCUGUACCCCCCGCUCAUCAACCUCUGGGAAGGGGACCCCGAGAAGGACAAGGACGGGGCCGCGGAGGCCAAGCCCGCCCAGGUGGACACGUCCAGGAGCUAUUACAUGUGGUAACGCCGGGAGACGCUGCUCUGGCAGCGAGGAGCACAAAGACGCUUUUGCUUUAUUCUGCAAAAGUAACACGUGGGAGACUUUUGUAUUUUGGACUUUGGGGCAGAGCGGAGGGGCCGGGUGGCCAUCUCAGUUUUUUGUGUUUUUUUGUUUGUUUUCUUAGUGGAGCGUAUCGCAGCGAGCCUGGGCUUCCGGAGUGUGUUCGGUUUUUAUUCUUACCAUUCUUAUGAUUAUGAUUUUAUUAUGAUUAUUCUUUGGUUUUAGUUGUCCUGCUAAACUCAAUGAUGCUGUUUUAACGACCAUGCUCCAUGCAAUGAUCAGUGGCAGGCUGGGGUUCCCCUGUGCCGUGGCCGGCAGCGUGACCCCGUCUUCCGAAGCCAUCGGCAGAAAGCACCGCGUCCUCCCAAAAGCGGCCACGUGGUUGAGGAGCAGCGUGGACCCUUGGCAGCCACUUGGCCCACAGACUUUCAACUCAAGUGACCACGGCUAGACUGUUACCUGCUUUGAAUGGUGUUAGUUGACUGCACUGUAACCUUGUAUCCACUGACUUGAAUGUUUGCCUUUGAACACGGACAUUUCUUUUUGUAAUCAAUCGUUAAAGAGGCUUAGGCCAAGCUAACAGGCAAUAGAAACACGUUCUAUAUCAGGUUUUUUUAAUGUAACAAACCACAUGUUACUUGUUACCUUCUUCUUUUUAUCUUUAGUAGACACUUUUGAAAGAAAAAGACAAUACCUUUGGUGUGUUUCACUCACCAACAUGUGGUGUACAGUGAAGACAGGACUCUAAUAAAUUAGUUUUGUUCUGAUUUUUUAGAACACUUGCAA